CGCAUCUACCACGAAAUGAGCGUGGAAACAAAGCCGUUUUACCUAAACUUCCUGGCAGCACCUGAACGCGUCUGCCGCCGACAACGAGGAGACGGGAGAGGAACAGUUGCUGUUGCAACGUCGCUGCCACGUUUAAGGACAGUCUGCGGCCGCGGCGGCGUCUCCGAGCGGCGGGAUGGGCCGACGCUGGGCGGUGAUGGGGGGGACGGGAGAGAGAGGGCGGUGGGAGUGACCGUGGAGAGGAAGGAGCGAGGAAGCCGGCGGACUGUGCGGAGCCUCCAGCGGCCGCUGCUUUGCGCCGGGUCCCGUCAGAGCUGGUGCCGCACGUCACCCAUGCUGAACUCGGGGAGGAUGGAGGACUUCGUGACCGAGGAGGAGGAGCCGUGGUACGACCAGCAGGACCUGGAGCAGGAUCUCCACCUGGCGGCCGAGCUCGGGAAGACCCUGCUGGAGAGGAACAAGGAGCUGGAGGACUCGCUGCAGCAGAUGUACAUCACCAAUGAGGAGCAAGUGCAAGAGAUUGAGUAUCUGUCGAAGCAGCUGGACGUCCUGCGGGAGAUGAACGAGCAGCACGCCAAAGUGUACGAGCAGCUGGACGGAACCGCCCGGGAGCUGGAACGCACCAACCGCACGCUGGUGACGGACAGCAAAGGCUCGCAGCAGAAGAUAGAGAGGCUCACGGGGACUAUCGAGGCUUUGCAGAACCAGGUGGAGUCGCUUUCCGGGCAAGUGGAGCAGCUUCGCUCCAUGGAGCAGCUCAGGGUCAGGAGGGAGAAGCGGGAACGCCGUAAGACCAUCCACUCGUUCCCUUGCCUCAGGGAGCUUUGCACAGCGCCCAGAUACGAGGAUGAGUUCGUCGUGGGCAGAGCCGAAAGCUUCACCGUGGACGCCGAGCGCCAGCCGUCCGAGGAGGAAAACCAGCACCUGAGGGAGGCGGUGUCGGCGCUGCGGGCGGCCGUGCGGACGGAGCGGGGGCGCAGGGAAGGCGUGGAGCGGGAGUGCGGCGCGCUGCUCGCCGAGUUCUCGCGGCUGCAGACGCGGGUGCAGGACGCCGAGAGCUGCCAGGCCCGGGUGUGGGAGCUGGAGGCGGAGCUACGGGAGCUGCAGCAGCUGCGCCGCGGACGGACGCUCCUCCUGGGCAGCGAGGACGACGGCGCGGCCCUCACGCAGACCGUGCUCAACAGCGCGCCGGAGACCGACACCUUCCUGGGAGCGGAGGCGGGCGACGCCGGGGGAGGCGUGAGGGAGGGGGCGGGCGGCGGCGGCGGCGGCGGCGAGCCGCUGCCCGAGUCCAACCCGGUGAGGAAAAGCUGCAGCGACACGGCGCUGAACGCCAUAGUCGCCCGCGACGCCUCCGGCCGCAGGAGGGGCAGCUACGCGCUGCACGCCAACAGCGUGAGGAAGCGCGGCAUGUCCAUCCUGCGGGAGGUGGACGAGCAGUACCACGCCCUGCUGGAGAAGUACGAGGAGCUGCUGGGGAAGUGCCGGCGCCACGAGGAGAGCCUGUGUCACGCCGAGGUGCAGACGUCCCGGCCCGUGUCCCGGGACCCCUCCAUGAAAGACUGCGCCGCGGGCCCCACCCCGGCGCCGCCGCCGCCCACCCCCACCCAGUCGCCCUCCACGCCCGAAGCCAUGGAGAGCAUCAGCAAGCAGGUGGAGGCGGUGGACAAGCGGCUGGGGCAGAGCACUCCCGAGUACAAAGCCCUCUUCAAGGAGAUCUUCUCUCGCAUCCAGAAGACCAAGAUGGACAUCAAGGCCACCAAAGCGGCUAAAGGUGGAAAAUCUGGGAAGUCCGGAAAAUCCAGUAAACAUUAAUAGCACGGGUCCGUCACAACAUAACCACACCACAUGGUUUUGAUCCAUAUCCAGCAGAACCUGCGUGCAUGUAAUUUGUUUUAAAACAUUCAUAGGUGUAACUCACGCGUUGAUUUGAGCUCAGUCGCCUCGUAUUGGGUUCGGAUUCCUUUGUAAGCAAUGCUUCCUUCACUGCCUUGUGAGCCCAGGCAUUUAUCACAGCACCAAGCGUGGACUUUUAGCUGGAAACUGGCAAAUAUCAAAAGACGGAGAGCUAAUCUAUAAUAGUUUAUUCGAAUGGUCUCCACUAACGUUUUUAUCAUUACAACAAAAAGACGAACACGGAUCCUUCGCAGCCACUGAGUGACUUUGAGGUGCUACUAAACGCAUUUAUCAUGAUACAGAUUAGUACUGUUGUAAUUGCCUGAAGCCUGGAUGAUCCUGCCUCUGUCUUGCACGUCCUCUUGUGUGACCUUAUGUACUGCUCGCGAUGCCUCGCCCUGUUGUCGAGAGAGUUUGAGUAAUAGAGCAGCUCGACAUUUGGGAAAUAGGUUUAUUGGCUUUAAAUGUGUAACAAACUAUUAACCAAUAGACGUAUUUCCCCCAAAUCUGAAACCUUAUUUUUUAUAGCUUUCAUAAGUAUUGCUCUAAAGCCAAUGGAGAUCAAAUGAAAAUGGUUGCUCACUAGUAUUUCAGGAACAGAAUUGAGACUUGAAACUUAUUUUACACUUGUAAAUUAAAAAACCUUCCUUCACCACUGUGUUCAAGUCAACUCAAACCUCCUACAAGUGCUAAAGUGCAUUUUCACGUGAACAACAAAGUAUUGAUGAGAUUUAGAAACUUAUAGUAGAGUGGCCUCUAUAGUUUAUGAUCAUUUAUUUUAGCUCUAGAUACGUAGUUUUAAAUAGUUAAACCUCUUGAGUUUCAACUGUGUAGGCGAAAUCUCACCUAAUGCUAAGAAGCUGCUUUCGUGGAGAAACUUUGCCAAAGACAAUCUGCACAGAUUGUUAUUUCCACCGUUUCAGGGGCAUUAUAUUAUGAUGCACACAUCCUGAAGGCUGUGAUGGUAGAAAAUCAUUCAUUAGAAUAGUGGAAACAGGCAUUUAAUUCCAUUUAUAUUUAUAGAACACAAACCGGACGGGGCGUUCUCACUUUGAUGUGGUGGCGUUACACGAUUUUCUCUUGAAUAUCUAUAAUCAAACAUACUGUAAAGUAGAAGUGUAUCCAGUAUUAGGCUUAAACCCAGGACUUUGUCUUAUAUCUAACGGUCUUAUCAGACUUCGAAGCUACCCUGCAAAUAUAAUGCACCUGUUUCUUUUCAAAUAUUCAGUACCUCUGCCUUUUUUAGGUAACCUCCUAUGUACAGCCUAAACCUUUGUUAUAAUGAAUGUUAAUGCCGCAUAUCUUUUAUAUCUGAUUCUCUGCCGUGGUUGAACAGAUGACCUGCGCUCGGGCUUUGAGGCUAAGUUGCGAAGAGAUAAGGAGAAACUAUAUGUUCACAAAAAGUCCUGGUGGUUAACCUUUGCAGUAGUAGUAAUUCUAUGGGACUCUGGUGUAUAAUGUGCAUUAAGGUGAAUGUUUAUGUUCAUGAAUUAGGAUGAUUCAUGGUAUACUAGGUAAAAAGGCCAAAACCAAAGCCUCUUAGCAUUUUAUAAUAAUGCAGUGGGUUUCUGGGCUGUAUUGUCUUAAUUACUACACCUACUACACUGUUUAAGGUCCCACCUUUUUCAGAUUUAGGAUAGUACAUAUUAAACUGUGCCUGUGUAUUUAUUUGUGUGUGUGAAAAAUGUAUGUUUUUUCAGUGAAUAUCACUAACACUUUGUUCAGAUGUGUUUAAUUUGCUUCAUUUUUUUAUCCCAUUAAUGUUAUACAUGUCAUACAAGGUGAUAAACAUUAAGUUUAAUCUGAUCUAAUAAACCACUGCUGUUUAA